UGAACGUGUUUUCUUUUUUUUUUACUGCACAUGUGUGUACAGAGACUGUAAUGAAUAUUGCUGACUUAAUUCCAAUCGAUUCGAGAAAUGACGACGAUAAACGUGCCGGACAUUCGCCACCGAUAGUCGAUAACGCUGUGUCUAGUGACCGCGAUCUUAGCAGGCCGCAUCCAAAACCUUCCAGUUCAAAUCCAUCCAAAGCGUGCAAUAAAAGUGUCAUAACUUCAGUGCUUGUGAUGAGUAGUGACAAAAGUGAUCAACGUAUUCUGAGAUCUGCUACAAGAGCCCUUUACGCGACUUCUUCGGUUGAUCCUGGAACAAAUAAGACCACCCCUAGCAUAGAAAGAACCCCACCUGCUGCGUCACCUUCAGCUACACCUCAACCAAAUUCCGAACAACCUGCUCUCAGUGCUUCUCCUUCGAAUGGAACAGGGGAGAUGACAGCGCUAUUCACUAUUAAUUACGUACCUCCGACGAACGGCAACCCAGAUUACGGAUACAUAAGCGGACGAGGUUACGCAUUUUCUUCAGGAGCCAACUCACGUGUUGAUUUGAGUUCCAACUCCAGCCCAAUGUUGCCUUCUUUGAGAAACAAUGUGGAGUAUCCCAAUUUAAGCCACUACGACACCAGUCUUUGGAAAAAACGUGCCAUGGAAAUUGAGAAAGAUUACAAAAAAACCGCAUGUGAUCGUGAACGAACCAGGAUGCGAGACAUGAAUCGAGCUUAUGAGAUGCUCCGCUCUAAACUUCCUCAUUCGAAACCUUCAGGAAAGAAAUAUUCCAAAAUUGAGUGCUUAAGAUUAGCCAUUCAGUACAUCCGCCAUUUGCAGCGAGAGUUGCAAUAUCCCACAACUCCGUCCCCUCAAGCACCGGAGUAUUACUAUGACAUGCCUGCUUUCAACAACCACGCCACGUUGCCAUCGAUGUCACUAGCAGCUCAAACCCCAGGACCUGGAGCACCUGUUGCUGCACCUAUUGUUGGCACGAUUUCACCCUCGUCGUUUUUGCCUAUGGCCGAUGCCAACAACAAUUCACUUCAUCACAUUCCACCCGCAUCACAUCAUAACUCCCAGUGGUACAUUGCGAGCAAUGCCGAUGGUUACAGUUAUUAUUAUUUACCUUAA